AUGUACAAGUCACAACAACCCGACCAAAACAUCACAAAACCUUUUCUUAGCUUUUCAUUUCACUCAAGAAUGAAAAGUCUCAUACUUUUGUUCAUUUUCCUUGGCAACAUUUUCAAAAUCAAGGGUUUCAACAAGGACCCAUGUCAAAUUACUGAAAGAUUUGAGGUUCAUGUGAUCAAUAGGCUCCCUUAUCCAAAACUAGAGCUGCAUUGCGCGUCGGGUAACGACGAUCUUGGAUUUCAUCACGUAGUUCCUAAUUACGACUUCAAUUGGAGCUUUUGUGACGGUUAUACUGGAAGAACUUUGUUCUUUUGCCAUCUUUGGUGGCAAAAUAAAGAAAUUGCUUGGGAUGUAUUUACGUCUAAACACAGAGGUCAGUGUGGAUCGGGUAAAUGCUUGUGGGAAGCGACAACUGAUGGUAUCUAUUUUGGUGAUGGAACUAAUGGCUUUGAGAAAAGGUUCGAUUGGCAAAAUAGGAAAAGCUCAUCACUAACAACAAAUGAGGAGAAAACUCCAAUGUCUCAGCCUUAG